GCCAGUGCCAGGGUCGGGCGUUUUCUGAAGAGGGACGGCAACCGCUGCGGCGUAGUUAACUUAGGCUUGGAAAGGAAUUUCGAAAUGGACCCCAUCGGUCAACGAGGGGCAGAGUGGCAGCGAAAAGUGCAAAAGCAGCAGCAGCAGCAGCAGCAGCAGCAGCAGGGAACACAGGCUGUGCAGAGUGCGGGCUGACGCAGGAGAGCGAGUGCGAGAUAGAUAGCAUUGUGCCAGCGAAGUGUGAUUUGACAUUCUGUAUUUGACGACCCGACUUCUAGACCGAGCCCAUCUGCUGCUGCUUGGCCUGUCCCACUGCGACGUGCAUGCUGCCGACAGAUUGACGCCGCAAGAGCUAGUGUCGGUUGACGGCGACUGCGUAAAGAACAAGACCGCGAAACCUCGCCAACACCAACGACACGUUCGGCCUUGCCCCCUCCGCCCACCGGCCGUCCACUCUCUUUCCUCGCCUACUUGAUCUGCUCCUGCUGCUGCCGCUCUGCGCUGCUCCUUCUUUGCUCUGCGCUUUCCCGCAGCUCCUCCAGCGCGAGAGCAUCCAGCACUUCCCCGACAGCACAAGCACGCCCGCCCACAGCUGCACCCAUGGCUCGCCAUCCGACCUUGAGCCAGACCUACGCUGAGCGCUCCGAAGACCCCAAUCUCACGCCGCUCGCCACGUACCUCCUCCGUCUCAUCCACAUCAAGCGUACCAACCUGUGCGUGUCCGCCGAUGUCACCACGACCAAUGAGCUGCUACGCAUCGCCGAGGAGGUGGGCGACCACAUCUGCAUCCUCAAGACACACGCCGACAUCAUCAGCGACUUUGGUGAAAAGACGAUUCGAGGCUUGAACGAGAUCUCCAGACGGAAGAAGUUCCUAGUGUUUGAAGACCGAAAGUUCAUGGACAUUGGCAACACCGUGCAGCUGCAGUACACCAGUGGCCCGCUAAGCAUUGUGCGGUGGGCUCCCAUAGUGAACGCGACCAUCCAUUCGGGUGCGGCCAUUAUACCUGCUCUGGCGGAGGCAGCACAAAAGGCUAUCAACUCGCACAACACCUCCGUCUCCACGGACAUUCGAGCCUCGCCUAAAGUGCCCCCGGUCAAUGACUUUGAGGACAGCGACGACGAGGAAGACGACAAUUGGCAAAACAUCAAUGGCGCGCACUCUGCGGACGAAUACGAGGAAGACACAACAGAUAGGAUGAGGAAGCAGUCCGUCGUAUCAGUCAGUACCACCAUCAGCAUGAAAUCUGAAGCAAUUAGUCCGCAGCCCCACAUGCGGCCUUCGAUCUCACGCGUGGAGUCAGGCGAUGGGCAGGACGAAGGAGAUGACCCCGAAGCUCUGGCUCAACUUGCACCACCUCCAUUCCUACGCUCCCUGCUCCUGCUGGCCCAGAUGAGCAGUGCCAACAACUACUUUACGCCCGAAUACACAGCCGACUGCGUCAAACAUGCGAGAGAGAACCGGGACUUCGUCAUGGGGUUCAUCGCACAGCAAUCACUUAACCAAGCUCCCGACGACAAUUUCAUCACCAUGACUCCGGGCGUGCAGCUACAGGCAGGAGGCGAUGGCAAAGGCCAGCAAUACAACACUCCGGACAAAGUCAUUGGCCAAGGAGGCACAGAUGUGAUCAUCGUCGGACGCGGCAUCAUCGGUGCUCCGCCGGGAGAACGCGCCAGGGUUGCACUGGAAUAUAGAUCCCAAGGCUGGGAAGCGUACAAGCAACGCGUGAGAUCGUUGCGAGCUCAACGGCAAUGAUCACAUCACGCAUUUGUGGCAAAUGUCUUGCGUUGACGUGGUUUACUUCGGCUUACAGAUGCAGUCUGUAGCAGCAUAGCGCAGGUGUUGGUCUGAUCGGGCUCUGCCGUGCGAGAGCACGCGAUGUGAGCCUUUUGCUUGAUUGCAAUGGCAGUUCUGACGGACGCUUGUACGUUGAAAGAACAUGGGAGGUUUGUUGGCAUGUUAUAUGAGAUGGAACUGCCGAAGAUCAUGAUGAUGUUAUGUCCGGCCACACGACAGAUAUGGAUACGAAACAAUACGAAAAACAUCAUGAGUAUAUCACAAUCAAAAUCGGUUCUAUGCAUCCUCCACCUCUUUUCGUUAUUUUCGCAGCUGAAGAUUUAGCCAUUAAC